AUGCACAUGUCGUUCAAAGUCUCUGCAAGGGCAUUUCCUCCUCUCUGCUCUGCCGUUUUGGCUGGCUCUGCCGAUACAUACGCGUACACGCACUACUUCUCUGUACAUGUAUUCAACACCCUCACCCCGCCCCCCCUUGCUGCGGGCCCCUUCGGCACUUCUUUGUAUCUACAGGAGUCGAACUUUACGGAGCUGGAGAAAGCCUUUGCGGAAGCGAGGAGGAGAAGUCUUGCUCAGGCAGCCGAAGCCAAGAAACAGGCAGAAGAAGAGAAGAAGCGAAACCCGCCGCCGCCACCGGAAGGGGAGGGUGGUGCUGCCGAUAAGAAGAAGCCGGUGGCGUCCAAGGGUGGCGCUGCGGCAACCCCUAAGGCGAAGCCUGCCGCCGCUAAGCCUAAGCCCGCCACCAUCGCGCCCGGCAAGACCGAGGGCGCCAAGAUGCGCACUACCGCCGGGAAAAAGAAGCCGCCAGUGAUGGUAAAGGGUACCCCGCCCAAGGAGGCCGAGGUGAUCAAGAUCAAGUCCACGCCCAAGGCUCUCCGGGAGGAGGUUGAGGCGGACAAGGGCAAGGCGGACAAGGGCAAGGCGGACAAGGGCAAGGUCGCGAAGAAGAAGGCGCCUGUCGCGAAGAAACCGGCUGCUGCUGCUAAGCCCAAGAAGGCGGCGACCCCUGCCGCGGCGAAGGGAGGGGCGUUCAGCCUUGGAGCCGAAUCGCUGGAAGAGUUCUUCGGUCUGACCAAGAAGCCGCGCCUGGUCUCGACGACCACGCCGCCGUCCGAUGAGCCCCAGCCGGCUCCGAUGGCCGAGCUCGACCCCACCGCUGUCGAGGCCAUGAUCACGGACAACGGUCUCAACGAGGUUACUCUCAAGGAGAACUUCCGCAAGAUGGAAGCCGAAGCUAAGGCCGCCCAGGCAAGCGCCUCCGCUCCCGCGAAAGCGCCUCCCUCCAAGAAGGGCGCCAAGGCCGCCGCCGCCGCCGCCGCCGCCGCCGCCGCCGCCGGCGACGCCAACGUCUCCGCGGAGGAGGCUAAGAAGAUAGCCGCCGCGGCGGCUAAGGAUGCGGUCGCCCUGUCACCGAACCCGAUCGUGGACCUGCUGUCCUCUGCGUUCAACUUCGACAAGUUCGACCCUGAGGAUAGGCCGGGACCACCGAUGGCCGGUAGAAAGGCGGAAGAGCUCAGGGCCGCUGCUCUGGACGCCGUGAAGGAAGAGAUGAAGGAGACGACAUCGCCGAAGGCGAAGGCGCCCACAACGGCGAAGCCGGAGGGCGGUCUUGGAGGCCUCCUGGGCGGCAUGUUCGGCACGGACCAGCAAGGCUCUGACAAGACGGCCGCGGCACCGAGGCCCAAGGCCGUAGCCCCGCCCAAGGCCAAGGCCGCCGCUCCCAAGGCAGUCGCUGAGGAGGAGGAGGGGGAGAAGGAGGGAGGUCUCGCGGGCGUGCUGAGCGGGAUGUUCGGCGCCCCCGUGUACGACGACGAGGUGGACACCAUCCCCAAGAAGACCCCCGCCGCCCCUCGCGCGAUGCCGGUGUUCGCCCCGCCCCCGGCGCCGGCCAAGGCUCCGGCGCCCGCGCCGCCCAGCAAGAAGAAGGACGCCGCCGCACCGUCUUCGUUCCUCGACGGUCUCUUCGGGGGCGGCGGCGAGAAGAAGACCUCGUCGCCACCGCCCAAGGCUAAGGUUGCGCCGCCGCCGACCCCGCCGGCUCCGUCUCCGGCCGCCAAGAAGCAGGCCCCGGCUGCGGCCUCCUCGAUGUUCGACGGGCUCUUCGGCAGCGGUGGCGGCGGCGGCAGCAAGUCUCCUGCUGCGAAGGCGCCAGCUGCGGCCAAGAAGGCGGCGCCGGCUCCUGCGCCGGCCGCCAAGCCAAAGGCAAAGGCGGCGCCGGCUCCUUCGAUGUUCGGAGGCAUGCUGGGCGGCGGCGGUAAGAAGGCCGAAGCCAAGGCCGCCGCCCCGGCGCCCGCCCCCGCGCCGGCUCCGGCGCCGAAGCCGGCUCCGGCGUUCAAGAUGUUCGGCAUGGGGGGAGGAGCGCCGGCGGAAGCGAAAAAGGCAGCGCCUGUACCCAAGGCCAAGUCUCCCGCCGCCAAAAAGGCCGCCGCCCCGAAGCCGGCACCAGCGAAGAAGGCUCCCGCUUCUUCGGGAGGAGGCAUGUUCGACUUCUUGGGCGGGGGAGUGGCGACCAAGAAGAAGGUCGCGCCGCCGGCCCCGGCGCCCGCGCCCGCGCCGGCGAAGGCAAGCAGCAAGUCGUUCUCUGGCCUGUUCGGCGGCGGCGGUGUUUCGGGGACCAGCGCGAAGAAGAAGCCGAAGCGGCAGCCGGCGCCUGCGCCCCCUCCGGCACCCACGCCGAUCGUGUCCCGAGUGAAGACGAUGGAUGACUCGUUCCUCAAGAAGGUUUCGGUGAUGCUGAGGCGUAACCAGAGCAAGAUCAAGAAAUUCCAGCAGCUGACGGACCGCUUCAGGGGGGGGCUGAUCAAGGCGCCCGUAUACUACGCUGGGGUGGAGGAGCUUUUCGGAGAAGACAACGUCGAGGAAAUCAUCGGCCCCCUCCUGGCAGCGCUCCCCGAAAACGACAAGCGAAAAACCCUCCAGGCCGUCUACUCCAAGGCGCAGAGGGCGAAGAACGGGGAGGGCGAGUCGGACGGGGGAGGCAUUGCUUCCCUCUUCGGCGGCUGGGGGGGCAAGUCGAAGGCGGACACCGCUGCUAAGCCCGCGGCGGCGCCGGCGCCGGCGAAGAAGGGCGGCAUGAAGAAGCCGGCGGCGGGAGGGAAGAAGGCGGGAGCGGCGGCGGCGGAUCCGUACGCGUUUGCCGCGGCGAAGAUCUCCGGCAAGGACUACGAACUGUUCAAGACGCGCACAACGUUGUAUGCCAGGGGGGGAAUCAACGCUAGGAACUACUACGACACGUUAGCCACGGUCUUCGGCGCCAAGGGGGUUUCCGCGCAGCUCCCGGCGUUACUCAAGGCGUUGCCGCAGAACAAGCGCAAGCUGCUUCAGGACGUCGUUGACGGGCUUUCGAAGUAGGGUGGGUCCGUCCCUUCCGGGCAGUCGCUCACCCGCAGUCUCUUUGACACUGAAUACCAAGCAUAGCACAUAGAUCUUUUGUGGUGGUUUGGUCCUCGCAUGUUUGAUUGGCGGGGCGGGGGGGGGGGAGGGGCAGGGGUUUGAACAAUGACCGGGCUAUCACGGUAGAAUUUGCUGGUCGAUUUUCCAAGUUGUUGCUGUCUUGUGCCGAUGAC